AUGAAGCCUGCAGCCAAACACACGACAGAGAGAGAGUUUGGAGGAACUCUUGGUGCUGUUUGUAUCCCCGUCUUCCUACCGCUGACUGUGUUGUUUCUGAUUGGUGCGAGUCGAACGCCUUCAGCCAGUCCCUUCCAGUGGCCUCCUCCCUUCCCCUUGGUCCAGCACCUGUGGGACCCUCUGGCCCUUGUGCUGCUGCUGGGAUGGAUUGGCCUGCACGCUCUCCUAUACCUUCUGCCCCUGGGGAAGAUGUCAGAAGGAUUAGAGCUGAAAAACAAGACGCGCCUCAAAUAUCCUAUAAAUGGUUUCCAUGCCAUGUGCAUCAGUGUGGCGCUGGUGCUGCUGCUGCUGAAGCUGGGUGCUCCUCUGGGUCGCCUCUUUGAGCUGAUGCAGCCUUUGGCCGUUUGUGCCAUUGUGCUGUCCUUCUUACUCUCCAUCUGCCUCUAUGCCCGCUCCUUUUCUGUCUCCUCCGACGCGUUGGCUCCAGGCGGCAACACAGGAAACCACUUAUACGAUUUCUUCAUUGGUCGAGAACUAAACCCUCGAAUUCAAGAUUUUGACCUAAAAUAUUUCUGCGAGCUCAGGCCGGGUCUUAUCGGAUGGGUGGUGAUUAAUUUGGGUUUGCUCAUGAAAGAGGUGGAGCUUCAAGGUUCCCCGUCCCUCGCCAUGAUCCUUGUCAAUGGUUUCCAGCUGCUGUACGUCGGAGAUGCUUUGUGGAAUGAAGAGGCCGUGCUGUCGACUAUGGACAUUGUUCACGAUGGCUUUGGCUUCAUGUUGGUGUUUGGAGACCUGGUGUGGGUUCCUUUCACCUACAGCUUACAAGCCGCAUUUCUAGUUGUCCAUCCACAGUCCCUCAGUUUGUUUGGAGCCGCUGUGAUAGUAGCACUCAAUGGAAUUGGUUAUUAUAUUUUUAGAAGUUCAAAUUCACAGAAAAAUCAGUUCAGAAGAAAUCCAAACCACCCAAAUGUUGCAAAGCUGAAAACUAUUCCAACAGCGUCAGGGAAGAAGUUACUAGUGUCUGGAUGGUGGGGUUUUGUUCGUCAUCCCAAUUAUCUGGGAGACCUCCUCAUGGCCCUGGCCUGGUCCCUGCCAUGUGGGUUUUCAAAUCUUCUGCCGUACUUCUACGUCAUAUAUUUCACCAUCCUGUUGAUCCACAGAGAAGCACGAGAUGAGACACAAUGCAAACUCAAAUAUGGAGCGUCCUGGGACUCUUACUGUAAACAAGUCCCCUACAGGAUAUUUCCCUUUAUUUACUGA